AUGCCACCGGUCAACUUCGGCAGCUACCAGACGAAAAUUUACUACGAGGGUACAGCGCUAAACAAACUUCCUGCUAUAACCACAAACCCAACUCUCCUCGAACAACAUGCCCGGAAAGUUCUCAGUUCGCGUGCAUACAGCUAUGUUGCAGGCGGGGCCGGGGAGAAGUCAACAAUGGAAGCGAACCGGCUGGCAUUUCGGCAAUGGAAGUUAGUCCCUAGAGUUAUGAGACCGAUGGACGACCAAUGUAUCUCGGUCAACCUCUUCGGCCAGGAGUACAAAACUCCGCUGAUUGUUGGCCCAGUAGGCGUGCAAGCCCUUUUCCACAACGACAAAGAAACUGGCGUUGCACAAGUCUGUGCGGAACUGGAGGUUCCCUACACUCUAAGCACGGCAAGCAGUAGCUCAAUUGAAGACGUCGCUGCAGCAAAUCAAGCUGGCCAUCGGUGGUUCCAGCUGUACUGGGUGCAUGACGAAGAGAUCCUGCUCUCACUGCUCAAACGAGCCAAAGAGAAUGGGUUUACGGUGUUGGUUGUAUCCCUCGACACGUGGACGUUAGGAUGGCGGCCUACCGAUCUUGACCAGGGAUAUUUUCCGUUUUAUACGGGGAUUGGGAAUGAGGUGGGUUUUACGGAUCCGGUGUUUAGAGCCAAGCAUGAAAAGAACGGUGGAAAUAUGGAGGACAUUAUUGGUGCGGCAAAGGCAUGGGUGGCGGAGUUGGACGAUCGACCGCAUACGUGGGAGCAGGUGGACUUUUUGAGGAAGCAUUGGGAGGGUCCGAUUGUGUUGAAAGGGAUUCAGCAUGUGGAUGAUGCCCGGAGGGCCUUGGAGACAGGGUGUGAAGGGUUGGUUGUUUCGAACCAUGGAGGUCGACAGGUUGACGGUGCUAUUGGGUCGUUGGAUGCGCUUCCGGACAUCGUUGAUGCCGUCGGUGAUAAAAUGACGGUGAUGUUUGAUUCUGGGGUGAGAACGGGGGCGGAUGCCAUCAAGGCGUUGUGUCUUGGGGCAAAAGCCGUUCUGGUCGGAAGACCUGUUAUAUAUGGCCUCGCUCUCGGUGGUAAAGAGGGUGCAAAGUCAGUGGUUGAGAGUUUACUUGCGGAUCUGUGGCAGGGGAUGGGGUUGGCCGGUAUGAGGACAGUUGCUGAUUGCAACCGGGAUUGUAUGAGGAGGAUCAACUAUUCUGGUGAGGGCACGAACAUGUUAUGA